AUGGACGUACAAAGAUUCAACCAUCGAAAAAAUGACCAUAUUUCUAGAAACACAACCCCAGAUAACUGGUCUGAAACUACCUUAGAGGAUGAUGCUAUGAAAAUUUACACCAGGUCCAUCUUUGCUGAUCAACAGGCAGAGUUAUAUGGAACACUGUCUAAGUGCCUUCCUAUGGAGACUAAAAUCGAGGAACCUUUCUUGAAGAUAAGUAUGAAGGAUUGGAAAGCCCAUGGUGACGGUUUAUUAGAGGUUUGUUUCAAGAAGGGGGAGGAUGUAAUUGCAUCAUGCAGUUGUCGCAGGUUUGAACAAUAUGGAUUAUUGUGCAAACAUAUAUACUUUGUGUUCAAGAUGUUCAAAGUAAAAGAAAUUCCCAACAAGUAUGUUAUGAGAAGAUGGACCAAAGACGUGGUACCGAAUGCUCUAAAUAACACAUCUGAUUUAAAUGUUGAUGAUAAUGAUGGGCAUAAAAAGGCCAAGGAGGUUGCGUAUGAGAUAAUGCAGACCGGAGAGAAUCUUAUUGGUAAUUUGAUGAGAGAUUUUGAUCAUCUAGUUAUAGUCAGGGAUCAGAUAAGGGAGAUGAAAGAAAUGGUUGAUGAACUUCGCAUAACCAAGCCCAUCGACCCUAAGUUUGAUAGAUAUUCAAGGUUAAUCGGUUAUGAGAAACCGAACACUGAUGCUCCACCUACAGUCCGUGUACCAACCGGUAUUAGAAACAAAGGACGUGGUUCACAUAAGCGGAUCAAAUCAAAAAAAGAACAGAUAAUUAGUCUAAAAGGCAAGAGAAGUCGUACAUGCAGUGUUUGCAAUACCAAAGGUCAUGAUAUCCGAACUUGUUCAGUUUUAAAGGGUCAAGCUAGUGUUGCCGACAAGAAGGGGAAGAAAAGAAGAGCAGUUCAGUUAGAGACUGAUCCUGGUUUAUUAGACGAAGAGGACGAGGAGGCAGAAACUGGUGAGGGAGAGGAAGAGUAUGACGAGGUAGACGAAGCCGAUGAUAGUGAUUCUGAAUGGUAA